AUGGUACCUGAGCAGAAAACGGCGAUUUUCCUCUGCGACAUGCAGAACAAGUUUCAAAACACCGUUCGAUACUUCCCGGACAUUGUAACCGUUUCGCAGCGACUGCUAAAGGCUGGCAAGUCCCUCGACAUGCCGGUCACUGUCACCGAGCAGCACCCCGAAGUGGUCCCCGCUCCCAGAAAAAAAGAGAAGAAAUCCUGUCUAUCUGCCUUCCCGGAACUGUUGUUUGGCUUUGAGCGCAUGAAGGCCAGAGGUGCCUGGCUCACCACCAGCGAGAGCGUCAUUCUCGGCCUGCUGGGAGGAUCGGCCGACCCCAAGUUUAUGGAAUUCCAUAAGCUCUUCAUGGAACCCGCUCCAGACAGUGGACUCCUCGGCUUCCCCAAGAUCGGAACUCUACACGAGGAGUCGGAACCUGCUAAAUUGACCGGCAUCCCGUCUUGA